GGACUCUGGAGUUGAUAUGAGGUGAGUGCGCAGCGCCGACGCGCCUCACAGCUGCCCGAGCUCCGCUGCGCCUCCUGCAAGCCGAGGAUCAAAGGUUUCGUUUCUGGCUCCUGCAGUGUGACGAUGGCAGCCAUGGAGGAGGCUCCGUUCUCUCUGCUCAGCCUGGAGGAAGAGCUGACCUGCAGCAUCUGUCUGAGCCCCUUCUACACUCCGGUCACCAUCCCCUGCGGACACAACUUCUGCCAGGACUGCCUGCUGGCCACCUGGAAGGACUCCUACAGCUGCCCUCAGUGCCGGACCGUGUUCGCCACCAAGCCGGAGCUGAAGAAGAACACGGUCCUCAGCAGCGUGGUGGAGACCUUCAGGAGCCGAACCGGAGACCCGACGAAAGAGCCGAGCGUGGCCGAGCCCAAGGAGCCCAAGAUCCGCUGCGACACGUGCAUGGAGGCGGAGGCGGCGCAGACCUGCCUCACCUGCAUGGCCUCCUUCUGCGAGGAGCACCUGCGGCCUCACCGGGAGAACCCCACCUUCCGAGUCCACCAGCUGAGCGAGCCUGUGGGCGACCUGUCGGAGCGCAUCUGCCCCGACCACCACAAGCUGAUGGAGCUGUUCUGCAGCCAGCACGGCCGUCCCAUCUGCAGCCUGUGUCUGCAGCAGGCCCACCGAGGAUGUUCCUUCAGCAGCCCGGAGGAGCAGCGCAGCCUCCUGGAGUCCGACCUCAGAAGCAAGUUGACUUUACUGGACGGGAAGAUCACGGCCAACCAGACGGUGAUAUCUCAGAUGACCGACAUGCAGAACAAGCUGAAGGACUCGGCGUCCAAGAGGAAGCAAACGUUGGCGGCCGAGUACCAGCAGAUCCGGACCAUGUUGGCCCGAGAGGAGCAGGAUGCUCUGAACGCCGUGGACCAGGAGGUGGAGAGCGGCCACACCAAAGUCCGGGUCCUCGUGAAGAAGUUCACCGAUAACAUCGACAACAUGAACAAGGCCAAAAACGACAUCCACGACCUGCUGGGCCAGUCCAGGAGCCUGGCCUUCCUGCAGGCUUCCUUCAACCUCCCCGACGCCGUGAAGUUCGAGCCCUACAGCCCUCGACUCAGCCUGGACUCCAAGAAGGUGUUGGCGGCUCAGGCCUUCUCCGCCGCCCUGAAGGACCAUCUGACGGAGAUGCUCAAGCCGCCCGUGGAGAGCCGGCUGCCGCUCGUCAAAGCCGCUGAACAGGUUUCCCCCGGCCCGUGUGCACCCGGACCAACGUUUCCUUCUGGAUUCACACCUGUGAACUUUGGAAUGUACCCGACUAUGGAGCCUCAGUGGUUUCCGGGUCCAAACAGAAUGCCACCGCCGGUCCAAAACCCCGGUCCUCAACCCAAACCGGGCCAGAAGAAGAAGCCUGCAAAAAACAAGAAGGAUUCCCAGUCCACCAGCGACAAGACGGGAAACAAGAAUUUUGCCCGGUCGAUGGAGAACCUGUUGGACGUUGGGAAAGACAAAUCCAGAGGCCGAAAUCCUGCUCCUGAGCCCAAACCAGAAACUGUGGACGUUCCCCUCAACAUAAGUUCUGCUGAGAAGAGAAACGAGCUUCUGAAAUACGGCACCGUGCUCACCCUGGAUCCGAGGACGGCCCACAAACGCAUCACGCUGAGCGACGGCUUCACCAAGGCCUCUGUGUCGGACGAGCACAACAACUACCCCGACUGCCCCAGUCGCUUCGCCGUCUGCUCCCAGGUCCUCGCCUCCAAGGGCUUCUCCUGCGGGCGCCACUACUGGGAGGUCCGGCUGAGCAGCAACAACUUCAUCGGCAUCGGCCUCGCCUACGGCACCAUCGACCGCAAGGGCCCCACCAGCCGACUGGGCCGCAACAACCAGUCGUGGUGCGUCGAGUGGUUCAACGUCAAGCUGUCGGCCUGGCACAACAGCAGCGAGACCGUGCUGGCAAAUCCCAACCCGAAGCGCGUCGGCAUCCUGUUGGAUUGCGAGCAGGGCGCGGCCACCUUCUACAACGUGGCCGACCGGGCGUAUCCCUUCCACACCUUCGUGUUCCCCUUCGCCGAAGCCGUCUAUCCAGCUUUCUGGAUUUUCUCAAGCGGUUCUUCCAUCACUUUGUGCAAGCUGCAGGCAUAAGUAGAUUCACGUAGUCAGCCUUCUGCUUUCAUUGCUAAUGUUAACAAUAUGAAAGAAUGCUAAGCUAGUUAUGAAGUAGGGCUGCACGAUCGACAUGAAGUAACUCCUUUAGAAAGAUAUCAUUGUUGUAUUAGAUUAAGUGUCAAAAAUAUAAAAUUAUCUUAAAAUAAAAAGCGUGGUGUAACACUGGAAAAUCAGCUUUUUGCUUUAGAUAGCAUUCAGAUGUGACUUUGUACUCGUCAUGCUGAGCUCUGUGGCGCUGGUUUCAGGACUCAACCUAAUCAGUUGUGUUGCCUUGUUUAGCAGCAGCAACUUCAGGAUGCUUUAGACCCAUUAGCCUUUUUUUCCCUUUUCGGUAGACAAACUAUUUUCAUGUUGAGUUUCAUUUUGCAACCAAAUCUUUAAUUUCCUCCAUGUGUGUCUCUCAUGUUGCCGUGCACAUGUGAAGUCUGCGUGCCGACAAACUUCGCAUUUUGUUAAUAAUUUACCAAAAAAGCAAACUUUGUGCAUCCCGGGAAGUUUCAAAACGGAGUAAAUGACCUUCCAUCAGACUGACGUUCUCACGAGAACCGUGCAAGUUAGAGUUAUCGGCCUUGUUUCACAUUGCAGCUCGUUAAAAAGCCAGUUUUCAAUGUUUGGAAGAGGAAAAAUUAAAACCUGCAUUGGCUAGAACACCCCCAGCUGGCUGUUUGAUCACUUGUAAAAGAGGAAAACCAACGUUUUCUGUGCAUUUUGUGCUGGCGGCAGGUGAAGCAAUGAUUCUCCCUCAUGUUAAAGCCGGUUUAGUCUGCUUCUAUUAGAUCUGCUUCAAAUCAAGAGCACCAGAGUCCAGUCUGAGAAUAUUCCAGAUUGAGGCGUCGCUGAGGCACAGCUGGCGUCAUCAGCUCUUCUUGGUAUCUUGUUGGAAGCUGGAAAAAAUACAGCAGAAACACCACAACAAGCGACUGUGAUGCACUUACGUGUUCCGGUCGCUUUAUGACGAGCAUUUAAAGACAAAAUCAGUUUUUAAAGCUUGUUUGCAGGAAGCAGGAAUAAACAACAACACGAUACGCUGACAGGAAGUAGCUUGUUUCAGCUGUCUGGGUUUAUUUUGUGCUCUGACGCUGUACACUGAUUAGACGUGUGUGCGGCAGGAUGUUUCUGUCUUACCCGUGCAGAUUAUUUAUCACAGUGAACGCAUUUGGAUGAAGAAGUGAAUUUAUCAGUGUGGAAAGUUUCUGGACUGGUUCACUGAAAAUCACUGUUUCUACGUGAGAUUUAUUUCUGGUGACCUGAAACCUAAAAACCCUCCAGCAGUAGAUUCAGAAUGAGAAAAUCUGCCUGGACUGCAAACAGAAAGGGAUUUUAAAAAAAAAAAUUCUGGUUGGUUUGCUGAUCCUGGAAGUUUCACGUCUUCUGUUUGGAGGGGAUUUGUUACGAAAGAAAUAGUUCCUACAUGAUUGCAAUUGGCCAGAAACGUGUUUGUUUCUGUGAUACCUCUGUGAUGGGACUUGUGUUCAUGUGGACGUUCUACUGCGAUUAGUGAACGUCCUGAUUGCUCACUCCUUCACUCCUUUGUCUGGUUCGUUUGAUGGGAACAGAAGUCGUAUAGACUCUGGUUCUGUGGUGUUCUGACGGUCUGUUCUGUUAUUUUGUGGAGGUUUUGGUGGAUUUAGAGAGGACGACAUGCAGCGAUGCUUCUUGGACAGAGUUAAACCUGGGAUGUUGUACCUCCAUUGUUCGCCUCACAAACGAACGAGAUAAAACGCGAUACUGUUUUAUCGAUGGUUGACGCGUUGAACCAACAAGCCUUCCCUUAGCACUGCUGCCUUUUCGUGGCGUGGAAGGCAGGUAUAAUUACUUGUUGUGUGGUACAGAUUUACCUGGAAAAUGUGUCGCUGAAGCUCCGAUGUGGCUCCGAUGUGACUCCAUUGUAGCUCCGAUGUGGCUCCAAUGCCGCUACGACGUGCCGUCGCUGCCGUCCGUCGGGUGCUGAAGUGGUUGCAUACGAUUUAAAGUUUGCACAUUUUGCAGGAAAGUUGGGAAGUUACAAACUACACAGGUGUCCUGAUGGAGUUAGCCGUUUGGUCGCGGUUCUAUUUGUUCUUUGUGACCAAGUUAGGCUACGUGCUAACUUCUAGCAUUCGACCGAUGGCCGAUACUGGUCGCCAAUAUUGGCCUGGAUUGACGUACAUGUGGUCAGAUAUUAAAAACUGUCUUCUGUAAUCCAGGAGGAGUUGUUUGGGGUAAUUCAGACAUGGAGUCUUGGUUUGUCCAGGAGAACAGCUCUGACUCCACUCUGCACCGUCUGCAGCACAUGCAGCAGAGUGAGGUGCGGAGUCGAGCUUCGUCUUUGGCUAGUUUGUGAGAUACAUCGCUGGAAGGUUAACAACACUGACCCAAUCAUUUCCCCUUUUAAAUACAAGUCUAGCACACGUGUGUGCACGAUGUUAGCCGAUGUGUGUAUAUAUAUACAGCAUCAGAAUUUCAUAUCGGCCCCAAACAUCCAGCAUCAGCCGGGUUCUGCUAACUUCACUGUUUUAAAGCGGUUAUCCAGAGUGACCUCAGUGAUGAGCGAGAGGAAGUUCUGCAGUAAACACAUCUCUGCAGGGGGUUUCUACCGAAGCAGUUCAGGUGCGGAGCUUCAUUCUCAGGUUUUGAUGGUCCUGUACCGAGUGUGAACCUGUUUGGUGAAAUCACUCCUGUGCCGUUGCACGUCAUCACAAUGGAGACGGAAAGCUUUUUGAAUCUAUUCAGAGGUCUUCAGCGCCACAGUGACGCCUGUUUAAUCUCACUGCCGAGUCUUAUCCACACGUUGUUUGUAGCAGAAUUCAGGAAGGUUUGUGUUUGUUGCCUCACCUGAAUUUUAGUUCUUUCUUCUUUGCCUUCAAUGUUAUUCGAUGCACUGGCUUUUCCUUAAACUGUACGUCGUCAGAAGUUCAUAUCAAACCGACCCCUGUGUGACGUCUCAAUAUUACCUGUUGGGGAAAUGGGCACAUGCAAAAGAUCUAGUUAGCAUUUUAUGCCAUAUCUACUGUAUUACUGGUUUAAUCAUGAGCUGUUUGUUGAGAAAUUAACCGUUUAUUGUUCAAUCAAUAAAAGCUUUCCUGCCUCAGA